AUGGAUUACGCCAACGAAGUACGGCCCCGAACACUUUCCCACCAAGAGGAUGACAGCGAACCGACGUCGGCCAACAGCUCCUCAACACUACGGGGAGCAGAUGGCCUAGAGGGCUUGGACGAACUCGAAGCGCCAGAACCAGUGAACAGUAACGAAGACGGUCCCUCACUCGAAGGAAACCGUAGCAAUUCGCACCAUGGCGUUUCUCGACUCGAUGAGCUGGCUGCUCCACUGCCCAUAAACACCAACGAGGGCCCCGAUCUAGAGGAUGCUAGAAAUGCGUCACAAACUGAACCCAACGUUCCGCCAGAGAAAACGAGUGCCGGCGCCGUUUAUUGGACUUGGUCCAACACCUACACCCUCUCAUACCUGGUCUUUUUCUCAAUACUUGGAACUUUGGCACGCCUUGGCCUACAGGCCAUCACAAUCUAUCCCGGCGCACCUAUAGCUCUCGGAGAGAUCUGGGCGAACGUUUGUGGGACUUUUGUCAUGGGCUUCCUGAGCGAGGACCGCUCUCUGUUCCGGCGCGACCUGGUUGCAGCUACGCAGAGGACUGAAAAGCAUCCAACCUUCGAACAAGCCGCUGCGCUCAAGAAGGAGCACUUGGCCAUCAAGAAGGGCAUACCCUUGUACGUGGGUCUGUCAGUUGGCUUCUGCGGCUGCUUCACGACCUUCUCGUCCUUCAUGCGUGACGCCUUCCUCGCCCUCUCCGACGACCUCAAUACCGCGGUAACCUCGAGCAAGGUGACAACGUCCGCAGCUCGCCCCCGGAAUGACGGCUACAGCGUCGAGUCCGUCCUCGCCGUCCUGAUUCUCGAAAUAGCCGCCAGCCUCGCCGCUCUCGACUUGGGCGCACACGUAGCCAUCCUCGUCGAGCCAGUAUUCGAGCGCAUCCCCCGUCUGGAGAACGCCAACCUCCGUGCCAUCCUGGAUCCGGCCACCGCCAUCCUAGCAUGGCCGAUGUGGCUCGGCGCAGUCAUCAUGGCCAUCUGGCCACCUCAUGACAGAUGGCGCGGCCAGGCUGUGUUCGCUCUGGUCUUCGCGCCCGUCGGGUGUCUGUUGCGCUUCUACCUGUCGCUGUGGCUGAACGGUCGGCUGCCGCGGUUCCCGCUGGGCACGUUCGCUGCUAAUGUUUUCGGGACUAUGGUUCUGGGCAUGUCGUUCGAUUUGCAACGGGCUGCAGUGGGCGGCGGCGUCGUGGGAUGUCAGGUUUUGCAGGGUGUGGAGGAUGGAUUCUGUGGAUGCUUGACGACCGUCAGCACGUGGAUUCUGGAGUUGAAGUCGCUACGAAGGCGUCACGCGUAUGCGUAUGGAGCGGUCAGCCUUGCAGUAGGGCUUGGGAGUCUCGUAAUCAUCAUGGGCAGUCUUCGGUGGACCGUUGGUUUCUCAGUACCCGAAUGUAAGGUCUGA